AACUUAUUCAGAAGGCACUGUUGCUCGAGAAGACUGAUGCUAGUUUGGCUAAUGUUAGGCUAGCUAGCUAACGUUUCUUGCUUGCCUGAAGAUAGCCGAGCACGCUGAGUGGUAAAUCAAUCAUGGAAGAUAAUACCAAGCAAAAACUAAAAUACAUAUUUUCCACAACUUGAAAUGUAGCUAACUAUUAUAUAUAAGAAUCAAGCAGAGUUAAACGCGUAUCAUUAACCAUUUGGGCAGUGAAUUGGGCAGUGAAUUGUAGCUAGGAAAACCCCAUCGAUUGUUGGCUAGCUAAUGUUAGCGUGCUUGUUAACGGUAAAGCAGAAAGCGCACAAUUCUUCACGGAUUGCUCGUAAACUUUUUAAUAUUUUUUUGUAACAGGAAUGUGUUUGAAAAUGAGGGAAUCUUUUUUUUUAUUUUAACUAGCUAUCUAGCUAUAACGUUCCAUCUGAAAAAUGUCCAAAUUGUAUGAACAUACAUGUUGACAACGAAGCUAUAACGACGUUAUAAACAUCUAAGGCUCAAGUCUUGAAUAUGUUGGGUUGCUAACGUUACAUUAUUGCGUCACGAAAGCCAUCAGAUGGGGAAUAUAUUACACUCGAUUUCUCGAGUUACUGUGUCUUUGUCAUAGGAGCUUGCGCCAUUCUCCUUAGAGACGGCAUCGCAGAAAUGUGGGUAGCUUGCUAAAAAAUACAGUGUUAGGGCCUAUGAGGGGGGGCAAUCUUGGCAACAUCACUUGGCACGGUCACUACCGAAGAAGUCUCCCGAAACGGAAGAAGUGACAGGAUGAACAACAUCAACAAAAGCAGACCCUCCAGCUCCGCCAGUUUCUCCCCUACCUCAACAGCAAGUGCCUUUGAUGAUGAAAGCACCAGCCUCAGGCAGCAGAAGCUGGAAAAGCAGAGGGCGCUGUUGGAGCAGAAGCAGCGGCGGAAGCGGCAGGAGCCUCUGAUGGUGCAGCCCAACCCAGAGCCCCGGCCCAGGCGCUCCAGGCCUCGGCGCAGUGAGGAGCAGGCCCCGCUGGUGGAGUCGCGCCUCAGCAUCACCAGCGAUGUCAUCAUGGACGGUAUCGACGGCCCUGCUGCCUUCAUGGGCUCUGAGGCCCCAGACCUGGGUACCAAGAUCCAGAUUCUGUCGGUGAGCAAGUCCCAGCCCCUGUCGCUGUCCCAGCCGCUGCACCAGUCUCCCCUCGCCGAGGAGCCUGACCGGGACGGGGACACGGAGACUCUGCUGGAGCCCAAGACGGACAUCCACGAGCUGCUGCAGAAACGAGAGGCGUGGGACAUCUCUCUCAGCCCCUCCCCCUCUCUGAUUGACCCCGCCAACGGCAGGGUGGUCCAGUUGGUUGGUGCAGUGGAGGAGGGCCCAGAGGAGGGGCCGGAGGAGGGGCCAGAGCGCCCACUGUCUGCCAGGGAGAAACUACUCCAGUCAGGUCUGUCAGGCAGUAUGAACUACGAAGAGGCUGGUGAGGAUGAAGAACACGUUGAUGAAGACCGGCCACGCUCGCUGUCCCCCAACCCAGAGACAACACGGCCUGCGUCUGCCUCCAGCUCAAAGUCCAACACAGAGUGCGUGACACCGGGGUCGCCCACGGCGGAGAGCGCCCUGAUCGAAGUGGACAACCUGGAGGAGUUUGUGGUGCGUCCCGCCCUCCGCGGCGUCACCGUCAAGUGCCGCAUAUCCCGGGACAAGAAGGGAAUGGACCGCGGCCUGUACCCCACCUACUUUAUGCACAUGGAGAGAGAGGACGGCAGGAAGCUGUUUCUUCUGGCUGGGAGGAAGAGGAAAAAGAGCAAGACGUCCAACUACCUGAUCUCAGUGGACGCCACGGACCUGUCACGCGAGGGAGAGAGCUUCAUGGGGAAACUGAGGUCUAACCUGAUGGGGACCAAGUUCACGGUGUAUGACCAAGGCACCAACCCCUGUAAGAACCCUGGAGCUUUGCUGGAGGAGAGCAACACACGACAGGAACUCGCAGCCAUCUGCUAUGAGACCAACGUUCUGGGGUUCAAAGGUCCCCGCAAGAUGACCGUCAUCAUCCCAGGCAUGAACAUGAACUUUGAGAGGGUUCCUGUCCGUCCAAACUGUGAACAGGACAGCCUUCUAAGUAAGUGGCAGAACCAUUCACUGGAGAACCUGAUCGAGCUGCACAACAAGGCCCCCGUGUGGAAUGACGACACCCAGUCCUACGUGCUCAAUUUCCACGGCCGCGUCACACAGGCCUCCGUCAAGAACUUUCAGAUCGUCCACGACAACAAUCCGGACUACAUCGUAAUGCAGUUUGGCAGAGUGGCCGAGGACGUAUUCACCUUAGACUACAACUACCCCAUGUGUGCCCUGCAAGCCUUCGCCAUUGGCCUGUCCAGUUUCGACAGCAAACUGGCCUGCGAGUGACCAACCCCAUCACGACUCCUAACUCGCCAUUCCCUCCAUGGCCUUUUCAACCCCCCCCCCCCCUCCUCCAGGACAACGCCAACUCCACAACACCGCCCCUCCACCUCCCCCUCACAGGAUUCAGCGCCUUCCUUGUACAGCUCACCAACAGUCUGCCACUAUGAAAAUAAUCAUGAAUUAUGACCUCUCACCCGUACGUGGUACAUCCAAUCAUGGCACACAAAUCACGCUGACUUGGAGAGCGGAUGAAGAGAGUGGGUGUGUGAAAGAGAGGACUAAAGCAAGUAGAUUUGGGUGGAGGAUAUAGGAUUUUCCUUAUCGGCAGAAAAAUGAAAUUACCGUCCGCAAAGGGAAACUUGUCAAAUCAUCAAGGCGCCUUUGUUUUCAUUUGUAUUUAUCUGUAGUUCUGUUUCAUUGAGUUUGUAUUGCUUUUUGUUGCUUUAGCUGUUGUAUAUUGGUGAUUUUAUGUGUAUUGAAAUUGGUUGAAAGGGAAAAAUGACACCAAGCAUCAUAGACCAAACUGUCGUGGGUACUCCCUGUUAGGGACAGGACUUCUAACACAGACUAGACCAGGUCACAGGAGAUGGUGUCUUUGAUUUAUAUCAGAUUUGAAUGUUUUAUAGGCCUCAAAACAUGUCUGAUGAACUUAUGAGUUUGUUCGUUUUUAGCAGAUGUUUUUAAAGUUGCCUUUAAUGUUGGUUCCAAGUGUCAUUUUACUCCCAUUUUACAUUCUGUUGCCUUCUACAAUCACUGUUGUGCGAUUCUUUUGACGAACUCUGGAAACUUUAUGGUCUAUAUCCUAAAAUUGACCUCACUGUCUUCAAAUGGUCACGUGGCUUUGGUUUCCAGACAUUUAGCAGCAUCAAGAUGUUCAAUAAGUCUAACGUUAAUAGCAGCAUCAAGAUGUUCAAUAAGUCUAACGUUAAUAAAAAAGGGUUGACAUCGUUUUUCUUCCUCUUGAAGAUGAAUUUCUCGUAAUCACAUUUAUUUGCCUGCAUAUCAGAAAGUCUUGAAGUCAUGCAUGUCCAUCCAAUGUGUCCUCAUCUUGUUUCCUUGUUUUAAAAAAACACGUUAGUAAAAGUAUCUCAGUAGCAUUCUGAGGAGUUUGGAAGGGAACAUUUCUUACUGCAAUUCCUUUGUACAUGUCAUUUUGUGAUGUCUUAGCCCCAUGUCAAGUUAAAACCACACGGGAAAGUCAAUAGAGUUGCCCAGCAAGCACGAUUAAAGGAUUUCACUAUAGUUUUAUAUAAGAUAUAUCUUAAUGUUUGGACAUACGGCUCAUUUUCAAAUAUCAUGAAAUAUCAGUCUAAAUGUCAUUUCAAUGUGUGGAAUACAUAAGUUGGAAUCCAAACAAUAGAGGAAUAUUCCGUUUGGAUUCCAAGUGACAACGGUCGCCCUGUACUCAGUCUACAUUAUAUGCCAAACUUAUCUACCCAUGUUAAAUGAUACCAGAUUGAAUAAUAACACAUUUUAUUUGUACUGUAACUGGAAGUGUUACUCUGUUCAGCAGACUACACUUGUACUGUACCAUGAGGUCAUUGAGAACCCACUGGGCAAGAACUGGUUGAAUCCACAAUGUUUCUACGUCAUUUCAACCCCAACAUUUGAGGUGAUGACCCUGAAUCAACGUGGAACACUGAUUGGAUUUGCAAAAGGGAUUUUUUUUUAACCCAACCUUUAAAUCCAAUGACUGGGUCAAAUGUUUUGUUGAUUUCACGUUGAAUUCACGACUCAACCAAAUGUAAAUCAAAACUAGAUGUUGAACUGACGUCUGUGCCCCGUGGGAAAUUACUUUUGGGGCGACAUUUAAGGUGCAAAAUAGUUCAAAUAUGUGCAAAAAAUAUAUUUAAAGGUGAUAAAUAAAAAGUCAUUUAAGUAGAGUUUUUAGUACACUGAAAAAUGAAUAAAUAGUGGCCUUUUUUACAACGCUCGUUGCUGAAGAAAAGUUUAAAAUUACAUCACAAUGCCAAAUUAUUACUUUUACAGUAUUUUUUUGCACAGGUUUGAACUAUUUUGCUUUGAUUGAAGUUUCAGCUGGAUGGAUAUGCUAUAGAGAUGCUUCUGUCCAGUAGUGUGAUUCUUGUUCUUGGAGGAUGAGGAACAUUCCUGGGGUAGCCUGCAGGAUGCAUUUGAUUCCUGGCCACUGAUUAUGUGUGACAGUGUCGGGAAACAAAGUUAAUUCACAAGAUGUACCGUUAGAAAGAGGGAAAGGGUUUGUUUGUACAAAAUAUAUAAAAGAGAAAUAUACAGUUUUACUACAAGAUACUUAAGGGGAAUUGCAUUCCAUUCAUAACUUAACUUUCUGACGAUUUUGGGGGAAUUGAAUUUCAGAAAUAUGACUGUAAAUAGAAUAAAUGAAGAUAUUGUAAAGUGAACAAGACUCCCCUUGUAAGUUUAAGUAAUGAAUGUAUUCAGUAAAAAACAUUUAUUUGCACCCUUUCUAAUUCUCUACUUUUGCAUAUUUUUUUAUACUAAAUGUUAUCAGAUCUUCAACCAAAACCUAAUAUUAGAUAAAGGGAACCUGAGUGAACAAAUAACACAAUUACAUACUUAUAUAAUUUAUUUAAUAAACAAAGUUAUGCAACAUCCAAUGCCCCUGUGGGAAAAAGUGUCCCCUUAAGCUCAAUUACUGGUUGUGCCAGUUAGCUACAAUGACUCCAACCAAACGCUUCCUGUAGUUGUUGAUCAGUCUCUCACGUCACUGUGGAGGAAUUUUGGCCUUCUUGCAUGCACAACUGGUUUAACUCUGACAAUUGAGAUUAGGUCCUGACUUUGACUAGACCAUUCCAAAACUUCAAAUUGGUUGCCUUUUAGCAAUUUAUUUUUGCUUUUUUUAUCUAAUAUUGGGUUUUGGUUGAAGAUCUGAUAACAUUCAGUAUCAAAAAUAGAAAGGUGGCAAAAACUUUUUCACAGCACGACUGUAUAAACUUCCAUUCAUAGGCCAGGUUGUAGCAACCUCAUGAUGGGUACAGGGAGAAUGUUAGUAUCAUGUAGUAGCCUAAACCUAUCGGUGUUACAUUCAACUGGGUGAAUGGAAUAUGAAUGACAGUUAUCCAAUAUUCUGUAAUAGAAAUAAGGCCAUGCUUGUUUUAAAAAAAUAAUAAUGUCCUCCCUAAUCAUAAACGGAACCGACUGCCCCUGAUGUAUUCAGUAAACCCAUUUAUUUUCAAUAACAUGUUGAAAGCAACAUCUAGAACUUUACAGUUAUUUUUUCUAUAUGACCAAGUGUUACAAUUGCUUUGAUUAUUAAAACAUUUAGAAAAUA